GUCCACGAGCCCGUCAACUUUGCUCUAUUAGUUUAGCUUCUAAACGCAUCUUCGACUCCAGCCAGGAUUACAAUCACUUUAUAUUAAUUUAACAAGCGUUUGAUUGGUUCACUGUUUGCGGAAGAAGACUGUCUCCUGCAAAUUCUCCAUGGAAUAUCAAGAUAGGAAUGACAUUCACAAUUGUGUUAUCAAACUGAGAAAAAAUCCUGAAAGACGAAGAGAGAAAGUAUACAUAGGAUGCGGGGCUGGGUUUGGAGGUGACAGGCCAUCGGCAGCACUUAAGUUACUUGAGAGAGUUAAAGAGCUUAAUUAUCUAGUGCUUGAAUGUUUAGCUGAACGCACUCUUGCUGAUCGUUUUCAGAUUAUGAUAUCUGGUGGUGAUGGCUUUGAUUCUCGCAUCUCAGAUUGGAUGAGUUUGCUCCUUCCUUUGGCUGUGGAAAGAAGAACUUGUAUUAUAACCAACAUGGGUGCAAUGGAUCCGGUUGGUGCUCAGGAUAGUGUUCUAGAAGUUGCCAGCAAUCUGGGUCUUAGUAUUUCAGUUGCUGUGGCUUGUGAGGUUUCUUUCAAUAAAUCAGGUUCAGGAUCUCCACCUAGGGAAUCAAAUAUUAUGGAAGGUAAGGCCAUUAGCACAUAUCUGGGAGCAGCUCCAAUUGUUGAGUGUCUGGAAAGGUAUCAGCCAAAUGUUAUAAUUACUUCACGAGUUGCUGAUGCUGCCUUGUUCUUAGCACCCAUGGUUUAUGAACUGGGUUGGAAUUGGGAUGACCUGAAAGAGCUAGCUCAGGGAUCAUUGGCUGGUCAUCUCCUAGAGUGUGGUUGUCAACUCACAGGAGGAUACUUCAUGCAUCCAGGCGACAAAUAUCGAGACUUGUCUUUCUCGUCUCUUCUGGAUGUGUCACUUCCAUAUGCAGAAGUAAGUUUUGAUGGACAAGUUUGUGUAGCAAAAACCAAGGGUAGCGGCGGAGUAUUAAAUUUCAAUACUUGUGCCCAACAACUUCUCUAUGAGAUUGGAGAUCCAGGUGCUUAUAUCACUCCUGAUGUGGUAAUUGAUUUUCAGGACGUUUCAUUUCACCCUUUGUCAAGUUGCCGUGUUCUCUGCUCUGGAGCAAAACCAUCUUUAGAUUCCAGGCCUGAUAGACUCUUGCGCUUGGUCCCAAAGGAUUUUGGUUGGAAAGGAUGGGGAGAGAUAUCCUAUGGCGGGUGUGAAUGUGUUACACGUGCUAAAGCUGCUGAAUAUCUAGUAAGGUCAUGGAUGGAAGAAGUUUGUCCAGGUGCUAACUGUAAUAUAGUAUCAUAUGUUAUCGGACUUGAUAGCCUGAAGGCAACUAGGAUUAUUGAUGGCAAUUCAUCAUGGACUACUUUCGAAGACAUAAGGUUACGCAUGGAUGGAUUGUUCGAGUUGGAGGAGCAUGCAGUGUUAUUUACAAGAGAGUUUACAGCUUUGUAUACUAAUGGACCGGCUGGUGGUGGUGGCAUCAGCACUGGAUAUAAGAAAGAGAUAAUUCUCAAAAAACAGUUGGUGGGACGUCAAGAUGUUUUCUGGUGGACUGGAGUAAAUUGCACGAAAGGAAUGAAUUCAGACAAGAAAGAGACUGAUCAUGGGGAUGUGAUGAAGAGGUCUGCUCUGCCAAAAGCUACUUCACCACCAUUUUUGGAAGCUAAUAUGGAUGAUUGUUGUGUAGAAUGUUCUUCACCAGUAAUUAAAGCCACUCCGGCUCCAUCCGGCAAGAAGAUUCCACUAUAUAGUGUAGCACAUAGCAGGACUGGAGACAAAGGAAAUGACUUGAAUUUUUCCAUCAUCCCACACUUCGCUCCUGAUAUCGAGAGACUGAAGAUUGUUGUUACACCCCAAUGGGUAAAGGGAGUUCUCUCUACCCUUCUGAAUACCUCUUCAUUUCCCGACUCGGUUGCUAUCAUGAAGAGAGACAAAUGGAUGAAUGAACAUGUUAAUAUAGAAAUAUAUGAAGUCAGGGGAAUCCAUUCUUUGAAUGUUGUGGUCCGAAACUUACUAGACGGUGGCGUCAACUGCUCUCGGAGGAUUGACCGGCAUGGGAAGACCAUCUCAGACAUUAUACUGCCUCAGCAAAUCGUGUUGCCUCCAUGAUGAGUGUAACCCACUUGAGCUUUCUUAACACUUUUAAGAUUCUGAUAGCUGCUAAAUUUUUCACCUGUAAUUAUUAAUAUUUCACUUUUUUUUUUGGUCAAUGAUUAAAUUAGUCUAAAAUACAUAUUUUGGUACAUAAGGAUUUUACUUUUCUCUC